AUGGAGAAAAAUCCAUCUUUAGCAAGCCAAGAUGUGAUUGAUGAGUCUAGUAUACUGAAACUGAAAAUAGCUACAGCCAUUGCAAUAAUCCGAAUGAAACCAUCAGACAUGACUGCACAACAAUACACACAGCAGCUUUCACAGCAAAUGAAAAACAACAAUGAAAGUUGGAAGAAAAAAGCUCAGAGAAUGGAAAUGGAAUUAUUACAAACAAGACAAGAAUUAGUGAAAACAAAGUUAGGUUGUAAUGAUAAGGAAAGUGGAAAAGAUUCAGAAGAAAUUGCCCACCAAAGCAGUGCAUCAGUGUUUCCUACUCCACCAUGCUCAGCAGAUAACUCUCACAUACAAGAAGUGAGGUAG